UUUCUGAUCAGUUCCACCCUUUUUCUGUGAUUUGUUCGUUUGGUUCCGCGUCAUUAAUGGACUCCGGGAGCUGCGUGUGAGAUUGUUUGCAAUUUCCGUUCACGCAGCUGAAGAUGGAGACGGUGAUGGAGAGGGAGUGCAGCGCGCUGGGGGGGCUUUUCCAGACUGUCAUCGGAGACAUGAAGGGCAGCUACCCCGUCUGGGAUGACUUCAUCAGCAAAGCCACCAAACUGCAAACACAACUAAGGACGACGGUUGUCGCAGUAGCCGCUUUCCUGGACGCCUUUCAGAAAGUGGCUGAUCUGGCAACUAACAGUCGAGGAGGGACCAGGGAUAUCGGUUCAGCGCUCACCAGGAUGUGCAUGAGGCAUCGCAGCAUCGAGGCCAAGCUCCGUCAGUUUUCCAUGGUGUUUCUGGACUGCCUGAUUAACCCUCUCCAGGAGCAGAUGGAGGAGUGGAAGAGAGUGGCCAAUACUCUGGACAAAGACCAUGCCAAAGAGUAUAAAAAAGCCCGUCAGGAGAUCAAAAAGAGAUCAUCAGACACUUUGAAGCUGCAGAAGAAAGCAAAGAAAGCUGAUUUUUUCGGUCGCGGAGACCUUCAGCCCCAGCUGGACAGCGCCAUGCAGGACGUCAGCGAUAAGUACCUGCUGCUGGAGGAGACGGAGAAGCAGGCGGUGCGGAGGGCGUUGGUGGAGGAAAGAAGCCGUUUCUGCAUCUUUGUCUCCAUGCUGCGGCCAGUCGUGGAUGAGGAGAUGUCCAUGCUGGGGGAGAUCACCCACCUCCAGACUCUCACAGAUGAUUUGAAGAUCCUGACCAUGGACCCACACAAGCUGCCAGCCUCCAGUGAGCAGGUAAUUGUAGACCUGAAGGGCUCMGAGUGCACCUGGUCUUACCAAACUCCUCCCUCCUCUCCAAGCACCACCGUAUCCAGGAAGUCCAGCAUGUGCAGCAGCCUGAACAGCGUGAACAGCAGCGACUCUCGCUCCAGCGGCUCACACUGCCACUCCCCCACCUCCCACUUUCGUUACCGUGCCUCCUCCUCCUCAUCUUCCUCGGUGCUGCCCCAGCAGACGCCGGCCCGUCUCUCUUCGGUCUCCUCCCAUGACUCUGGCUUCAUCUCCCAGGACGCCUACCAGUCCAAAUCCCCUUCACCAAUGCCUCCAGACAACUUGCAGUCUGUCAAUGAGGAGUCCUCCUCUUCCUCUUCCUCCCCCUCACAUCCUGAGCCCAGCUCCGGGCAACAACAGUUGCCAAACGGCUUUGACCAUCACGCUGCCCUCUGUCUUCACGGAGUGGUCCUGCAGGGCCUGGACACCCACCUCCACCCUUCAUACUUCACCUAUUCCUCUUCCUCCACCACCACCUCCCCCAUCUCCUCGCCCUCCUAUCAGUGUGUUUCACCUACCUGGGCGUGGUCUCGCUCGGGUUUCAGCCAAACGGGAGAGCUCUCUCCUCCCGGCCCGUCAGGGAUUGGAGUGAUCCCAUCAUCCAGAGUCCCGUCCUGGAAGGACUGGGCCAAACCAGGUCCGUACGACCAGCCGAUGGUUAACACUCUGAGGCGCAGUAAAGACAGGAGAGAUACUACAGAUCCCAGCAGCCACCAGGGCUCUGAUGUCACCACUCCAGUUGAGGACCAACAGGGGAUUAAAGGAAACCACACUGUGAUGUCUUCAAAAGGAGAGAAGGAGGCCCACGAGGAGCUGGCCAGAGCGCUGGCCCGAGGACUCCAGCUGGACAUCCACGGCUCCAGCAGGGACUCGCUGCAGGGCUCCAGUGGCUACAGCAGCCAGACCAACACACCCUGCUGCUCAGAGGACACCAUCCCCUCACAAGUGUCAGACUGUGACUACUACUCUGUCGGUGCUGAUCAUGAGGGCGAGCAUCAGUCAGACUUCGAUAAGUCCUCAACCAUCCCGAGGAACAGUGACAUCAGUCAGUCCUACCGCCGCAUGUUUCAGUCCAAGCGCCCAGCUUCCACUGCCGGUCUGCCUUCUAAUCACUCAGCCAUCAUUACCCCUGGAGUGGCUACGAUUCGACGGACUCCAUCAUCCAAACCCAACUUACGUCGACCCUCUGGGGGCCUGAACUUGGGUCCAAUCCCUAUCAAGCCCCCUAUGAUCCCAGUGAAAACUCCUACUGUGCCUGAACAUCCUGGUUUCCCAAGCAGAGCAGAAGAUGGUAAUACACCACGGACCCCGUUAAGCCCCCCAACCACCCCUUUGUCACCUAGUAGCAAUGGACCGCUGUCACCAAAGUCCGUCGCCUGGGGAACCCAGCAGCCGGACGAAGGAUCGGAUCCUCCUACCCCACCGCCUCAGCCGGGCAGUCGGCUGACAGAAUGGGAACGCCGGCCUCUCCCUGAACUCCUGGAGGAGACGGAGUACUGCGAGAUGGAGGACUUUCUGGUGACUAUCCGGCGAGGCGUUAAACUCAAGAAGACAAUGUCCAAUGACCGAUCGGCUCCCAUUAUUCACUGAAACCACCAGGGUCAACUGGACUACACAUUCUGUCACUUUCACAAUAUUGUCUUGAAAGGACAGAAAAUGGCUGUAGUGAGCAAGAGUUACAACCUGAAAUUGUGCCAAAAUAGUUGGAAGUUGCCCUGAGACUGAUCGAGGAUCAGUUUGAGUGUAAGGAAAUAAUCGAAACAAGAAACUUUGACCACUGGCACCUUGGACGAGUCUGCUUUGCUGUACAUGGUUUCACAAAGAGGAUGAUCAGUUAAAAAACAAAGGAAUGUUGGUCUUAUUCCAUUUUACAAACAAGCAUACACAUUGAGAACUCCAAUACUGGUUCUAAAUUAGGCAAAGUUUGGUCAGAAUCAAGCAGGAGGUGUAGAAGGACCAUUUUAGGAGUCUUAGUUGCAUUUGACCAGUGAAAUAUCCUGUAGGGGAUUACUACAAUGGUCACUCAUCUGAGAAUUUUGCCUCAGGGCAACUUCAAGAUGUAAAAGAAGGGAAAUUAUUUACUUGUGGAUUUUGAGAGUUGGAUAAAGUCUUUCUGGUAGAGGAAAAGGCUUAAAUGAAACGGAAAGAGAAGAAGAUGAAAUGGAAAGAUUCGGAGCAACUGAGCAAUUUCAAAAGAUUGACAGAUUCUGUGUAUGUAAAUAUUCAAAUUCUUUUGUUCUCUGCUCAUUUCACAUCCUCAUAGUCACCCUUUUUCAACUUAAUGUGCCAAAACACCCCAAAAUAAUUUCCAUGUACCUGAAGUGAUCCCAGUUUUGUGUAACCGGUUUUCUGUUUCGUUUAUGUAGGGUAGCACGUAAAGUGUAAUCCUUCCCUACAAAUGGUUUAAUGCUACAGUUAAACAGUAGACUGCCCUGCAUGAUGUUACAGUUUAAGUCAUUUUUAGAUUUUAAAGUUAAAUAAAUCCCAGCAUUGAUUGCAGUUCAGUAGGCUAAAUCUGCUUUACUGUGCAAACCAAUCCAUGCCUGUAAACUUAAAAUUAAGAAAAAAAUCUUUAGGUAUUGUUAAAUAUUUAUUUUUUUCAUAAUCUAGGUUUGAAUUUUGUUUUAAAGAUUUGUUUUCUGUAAAGCACUUUGAAUAAUUCAGACAAAUUAAAAAACUGCAAACUGUAAACCUAUAUGUGCCAACGUUACUGUAUGUGUUAGCAUACAUAGCACUACUAGAGGCUGUUACUGCCUUUCUCUGGUAAUUGGAGUAAAUCGUAUUGGUCUGUUGUGGUGAAGCCUUUGUGCUGAUUUUAGCUGGCACUGGUGUAAGCAGUAGUGGAAAAUAUUUUAGUAAAAAACAUUAUUUAGUCCGACUUUAAAGUUGAGUAGCGUGCUACAGUAAACAGAGUAUUAAUGCAAAUCAUAGGAAUAUGUGAGGAUUUGAAAUAGAGAUUUUCUGGGGACAAUCAUCAAAAAUUUAAAUUGCAUUAAAUGUUAUUUUAGUUCAGUUUUAAACUUGGUAAAAAAUGUGCUGGAAGCCUUUCAAAGAAAGCUAUGGUAGAUUGGAAAAUCAAACAAUUUUUUUUUUUUAAUUUGCAAUCAUUUAGUGGAUGGAAAAAACUUGCAUUAAGAAAUUGUAAUUUACAAAAUUACCACUGUCCUAAUUAUCGGAAACACUAAAAAUUCUUUUGAAAAUGGAUAUUAUGGAGGUUUUUUUUUUUUCAAUUCAUAAGUUUUUUUAUGUUGAUCAAUGUUUUUAGGGAAUUUUAAUUAUUAAUCCAAGACUUCCUGGUUCUGUUGGGUAUAAACAGGACAUAACAGAGGCCCAUUCCCCCAGCCAGAGGAAAUGCCAUUUAGGUAAGGCAGAUGUAUGUUGACAUACAGUCAGAAAGUCUCAUAAAAAUAGAUACUUGCCUAACUUUGCCCAUACCUACAGUCAGAGCAAUAAAGAAAAUGUUGAAAAUAACUAGAACUGUGACAAAUCUAACUUGCCAACAUACACGGUGAGGAGGGUAAGAAAGAAAAGUUAGAGAAAUGUAUGAAAAACGUGUCACGUUUGGUCCUUCAGUGCCUGGUGUCGACUGAGUGACACAGCACAAGUCUGUGUGUUGCAGUAUGCUAUAGUUCUCCAUUGUCUGGUCUCACUUUAGCCAGUUAAUGUCUGGUUUGGACCUGCCAAGUUGUGGGUCUCCAUUGGUGGUGUGUUACUCAUUAUGUGGGCAUGAACAUGGACAGGAACAUGAGUGGACCAUGAGAACCAGAGCCUUGGACUACUCUCUGAUAAAAGUGUAAUCCACACAUAUACCCUUGGGCGGCCAGUUUCACUAAAAUUUCUUGAUGUAUUUGUUGAUUGCGGGUUGUUCGGUCCACUUGACUCUUCAUGCUUUCUUCCACCAGAAUUGAUAAAAAAAGAGGUUUGGACCUCAAUGUUUGACCAUAGAAUUGUGGUUUCCCAUGUUAAUUGAAAAUGGUGGUUGAGAUAUUCUUCCACAAGUUUACAAAGUCCGGCCUUCAAUUGUCCAUUGACAUAAAUCAAUCAAGUUGCUUGAAUGUCAGGCUACCAAGUGCAGUCUGCUAUAAAUCAAAUGGCAUGUACACAUUAUCUGGCUUUUACCACCCCUUAGGUGGUUCCAGAAGACAGGAAAGAACCGUGCAGGAUCUGCAAAUGGAGAUGAGUUUGGCUGAGUAGGAUUGGGAAAGAACCAGUUGAAGAAGAGGCAUAUUUUCUGGCCCAGUGUAUUCAGGAGACCGUUUCCAGUGUCACCAGGCAGGUGCUUAAUGUGGCGUCAUACUAGUGAGAUGACAAAUGUGACACAUUUGUAUGCCUCAUGCUUGUCCUAGUCAAUGGACUGUGUUAUCAAAAGUUCCUCUGCCCUAACUGUACUGUACCAUUGAAUGGUGCAGUACGGGUCAGUUGCAUGGGUCACUGUUACAAAAGACUGACAAAAUAGCAUCUCCAUACCAUCCAAUAUCGGUGACUUCCUUGCACGGUUUUACCAGAGGUGCCAUGCAUUGGGGGGACUGCAGUGGAUUUAUUGGGUUUCUAAUUCCCUCAACUCUUAAAUUUCCACCAUUGAGACACAACGGUUAAAUUGUCUUGUCUUAAAAUCUCAUUUUGAAAGUAAAGAUUCAGUCUCACCCAAUUUUUACUUCCAACUGUAAGUUUAUCUGCUAGAUGCUUAAUAAUCAAAAAGGUUUAUAUGUUGGCAUUAGUGAGUAAACAACACAAAAACCUCCCUGUGCUACCAGAAACUGCUAUAAUGUGGCGUCUUCACACAUUUAAAUUAUUUAUUCUUUUAAAUAUAUAUACUGUAUAUGCAUUUACAUUUCUAAAUUACCAGCUGUACUUUUACAGUAUAUGAAACCUAUGAAGAUAGUUGAUAUGCAUGAUAAUUCAUGCCUUUUGGUUCAUAAUUUUCCACUAGAACUCCUCCCCUUAGUUAGCAUCACUCUAAAGGACCCCAUUUACUCUUCCACCCUGUAAUGUUCCACAUGAAUCAUAAAUGUGUCAUAUUUCUUGUGACUGCUGUGUGUGAGAACUCAAGCCUGUCCCGUUUCCCACUCCAGGUUUACAAAAACAGUUGUGUAGCUGAUGCGAUACCAAGCGUAUGAAGCUGAAUGUUUGAGCCUGUGACCAACCAACAGUGGGUGAUUUUCCUACUGGGGAUUAGACGAGCAUCAGGAGUUACAUCCAGUUGUAGCGUUAAAAUAUUCUGCUUGAUUAUCUGCACCGUUCCUCAGCGUGUUCAGUCAGAAAUGUUAUUUAAAGUUUAACUCCAGUUGGAUCUACAACCAUUUUUGUCCUGUGCUCGGCGUGUUUACAUGCCAUUUCUGUCAGCGUCUCCUUAAAACCCUUUAACGUUUGGCCUUUGACACAAGCUGCCAAAUUUUUUUACAGUGUAUGCUGAAUAAUCCUUUGAAUUUAGGUUUUGUAUGCUUUUCUUACUUCAGGUGCUCCUGUGAAGCUUUGCAAUCACUCCAUUGGUAAAUUGUUCCAGCUAUUUAUUUUCUACCGAUUAGAUUUUUUGAGAGACUGUAAAGUUAUCGUUUCCCCAGUAAAACUUUUAUUUGAUUUGAUUUAUUAUAGGCUUAUUGUGGGCUACCUGCUGUACAUUCUGGCAUUUAUACAUUUGUAUAAAUGUUCUAAUUGUACAAAAAUAGAACAUUUCAGUUGAUCUGACUAAAACCUUUGAACAGUAAGACGAGCAUGAUGUCUUGGGAACAUUGAUUUUGGCGUUUGGAGGUGGGUUAUGUCUGGGGAGAUAGAUGUUAAGAAAAUAUUUGAUAAAAGUGUUGGAAUUCUUGUUUGAUAUUUUGUUUUGUUCUUUUUGGUUUACUUUUUAUUUUUCUACUAUAAUUUUAAGAUUCAAGCACUCAGUGAUAGCAGUAAAAAUUGACAUCAAGAACAGAUUCCUAACAAAAAAGAUGUUACCAUUAAAUCAGGAAAGUACCUAAACAUUCUGUUAAGACUUGCUAACACAAGUUUAAAAAAUUUCAUUGGAUAUAAAUACUAAGCUCCUAGCUUAGUAUUUAUAUCUAAGCUAGGAGCUUAGGUGGGUGUCAAACCCACCUCCAAACAAGUUAAACUAAAAUUACUUCAAAUUUGUCCACAAUCAUAUCCUUACUAAUGCCAAUAAUGUUGUAUGAGUCAUGCUUGGUUUUUUUCCUCCCUUUGGCAAGUUUUUGAAUUUUUGAUUUUCUUAUUUCUGUUAUUUCAUUCAGUUGUCACACGAAUGUAAAUUUUUCUACCCUUAACUCAGUUGAAUAAAUUCCCCACAGGCUUUUAACACAAUAAAGAGUAAAGCUGGA